AUGGCAUGCUUGUACUUGGCAUGUCAAGAAGAGGGUUUUCCAAGGACAGUAAAGGAAAUUCAAAGUGUUGCUGGUGGAGCCAAAGAGAAGCAGAUUAACAAGGCUAUAGGAGUAUUCAAUAAGCAUUUGCAGGUAGGCAAAAAUUAUGACAAGGCACAAGCCCUAGACAUAGGUGAAUGCUUCUGCUCCGAGCUUGGCCUUGCCAAUCAUGUAAUUAAGGCUGUGAGAGAAGUGCUGCACAAAGCACACGAGUUUUAUGUAAGGAGGAAGCCUUCUAUCAUCUUGGCAACAACAAUUGAUAUGGUUGAUCAGCUUUCUUCGAAGAAUAAGAUCUUUCAAGGCAGGGUUAUCCUUUGA